AUGUCGCAAUUCCAACCACCGAAAGACCUCGCCGGAGGACUUUAUUUCAUUAAUGGCAAACGGACGACAAUCGACGGUUCGGAGGCGUUCGACGUGAUCGAGCCGCGAAUCGGCGAAGUCGUCGCGCGAUGCCCGAAAGCCGAUUCGGAUGUUGUGGAUCGUGUGGUGCGGAUUGCGGCGGCCGCGCAACCCGCGUGGGCCGAGACGACGGCGUUGGAUCGCGGAAAAGUGUUGCGUCGAGUCGCCGACAUCAUUCGGGAGAAUCUUGAAGCGCUCGCGAUUCUUGAGGUGAAGGCGAAUGGCAAACCGAUCUACGAGGCGCGCGUCGAUCUCGCCAGCUCCGCCGACACGUUCGACUUUUUCGGCGGCAUCGCGACGGCGGCGCUUCAGGGCGAUUGCCUCGAGUUGCCCGGCGGCCCGACGAGCCGCCUAUGCUAUACGCGACGCGAGGCGUUCGGCGUCGUCGGUCUCGUCGGCGCGUGGAACUAUCCGUUCCAGACGUGCGUGUGGAAGGUGGCGCCAGCGCUCGCCGCCGGCAACUCGGUCGUUUAUAAGCCGUCGCCGUUCGCGCCCGCCUCGCCCGUCGUUCUCGGCGAGAUUCUCGCCGCCGCCGGCGCGCCCGACGGCAUCUACAACGUUGUGCAGGGCGAGACGGCGACGGGCGUCGCGUUGUGCGAGCACACGCUCGUCGCCAAGGUCUCGUUCACCGGCUCGGUCGCCACCGGCGAGCUCAUUCAGCAGCAAUGCGCGCGCAAGAACGUCAAACCGGUGACGCUGGAGCUCGGCGGCAAAUCGGCGUUGAUCAUAUUCGACGACUCGCAUUUGGAGAGCGCCGUCGCCACCGCGAUGCUCGCCAACUUCCUCAAUCAGGGCCAAGUGUGCACGAACGCGACACGCGUGUUCGUCCAACGCGGCAUUCUUGACGCGUUCGUCGACGCCGUCGUCAACGAGGCGAACGCGAAACUCAAAGUUGGCGAUCCGCUUCAUGAGGACACACGCGUCGGCGCGAAUAUCAACGAGUUGCACCUCAACCGAAUUCUCGGCUAUGUCGAGAGCGCGAAGCAGGAAGGCGGCAAAAUCCUUCGCGGUGGUGUUCGUGUUCAUCCAAAGGGCGUUGAGAAUGGAUAUUACUUUGAUCCGGCGAUUAUUUUGGGAUUGAAUGAUGACGCGAAGGCGGUUCGUGAGGAAAUCUUUGGUGCUUGCAUGCUGAUCCUUCCGUUUGACACCGAAGAGGAAGUGAUUGCUCGUGCCAACAACACGUCGUUCGGACUUGCCGCUGGCGUUUUCUCUGGGGACCUGGCUCGCGGUCAUCGAAUUGCUGCCAAACUUCAAGCGGGAACUGUUUUUGUCAACACUUACAACGACACCGAAGUUAACGUUCCAUUUGGAGGAUUUAAGAACUCUGGACAUGGCCGAGAAAACUGUGUUGACACGCUUCGCGCUUAUAGCCAGGUUAAGGCGGUUUAUGUCAACUUGCAAAACACGGAACAUUGCUUCUAA